CAGAAGACAAAUGAAGAGAGUCCUGUCAAGACGUGUGUUGAUAUUGUCUCAUUGUUGUCCUAUUUUUAAGUAAAUUAUAUUAUUUAUUAAACUGUAAUUUAAAAAAAAAAUCUAUACAAUUAAUUCAAUGGUUAAUCAAGUAAUUAUUCCUCAAUCGAAAUAUGAAUUAUUAAUCGACAUACAAAAACCUCGUUUGAGCAAGCAGGUUCUUUGUCUUGCCCUAACCUUUUCAACAGUUGGGGCAUUAUUCAUAACUCGCACCUGGGUAGGACUGUCAACUGCUAGAUCAACGAGGGAAUUUGUUGUUGGGGAGAAAAUUGAAAAUGCCCAGAUUACUGCGUGGUUACAUCGGUCACGGCUGUACGCCGAGUCGACGAAGGAGAACAAGAAUUCGUCCAGGAAUGCAAUCGUUAAAUCAACCGAUGAUUAUGCCAAAGAUCCCACAGGGAAAAAGUUGGUCUGCUAUUACUCCAUAUCAGAAAAAAUGAUGAACACGACGGAAGAACUCAUUCCGUCGCACGUUGACCCUCAUAUUUGUACGCAUAUUAUCGUGGGUUUUGCAAGCGUGGUAAAUUGCACUUUAAAUUUAGGCAAUUACUUAUGGGUUUAUCGUGAAAUUGCCAAUCUUCGAAUUAAAGAGCCAAAACUCAAGGUGAUGAUAAGUGCAGGCGGAAUAAAUGAGGUGAAUUCUGGAUUUCCACAAAUGGUCAGAACACACGCAAAUAGAAAAAUUUUUAUCAGAUCAGUAUUAAAUAUAACAAAGACAUUGGAACUCGAUGGACUUGAUAUCGAUUGGGAAUUUCCAGCAUGGAAUGGAGCGAAUAGUCGGGAAAAAAUAUUUUUUGUUCAACUUCUUCAGGAGUUGAGAAAGGAAUUUAGUCGCAGUGAUCAGAAAUUACUACUUUCUGCUGCUGUCGCAGCUCCAGAUUCCAUUAUUGAUCAAAGUUAUAAUAUUCCAGAAAUAGCCAAAUACGUUGACUUUGUGAAUUUAAUGUCAUACGAUUAUCAUUCCUAUGUGUGGUAUUAUCCAUUAACGGGUUUAAAUUCACCAUUAUUUCCACGUUCAACGGAAAAGGGAUUUUUGGCGAGUUUAAAUGUUAAUUAUUCCACAAAUUAUUGGAUAAUGAAGGGCAUGCCAAAGGAGAAAAUUAUUAUUGGCAUUCCAACUUAUGGACAUUCCUAUAAACUCACUAAUCCAAGGAAUCAUGAUGUGGAAGCGCCGGCAAAGGGAAUUGGUUCACUUGGCGACGAUAGUUUUGUGCCAUAUUACACGGUUUGUCAAUUUCUUCAGGGAGGUGCAAAUUUUAAAUUUCUCAACGACAGUCUCGUGCCGUACGCUUAUAAAAAUGACGAGUGGAUAUCGUACGAUAAUAUUGACAGCGUAAUUCAAAAAGCAAAAUGGAUUAAGUCAAAUGACUUCGGAGGUGCCAUGAUUUUAUCAUUAAACUGUGACGAUUGGAAUUCGACGUGUUCGAGAAGUGAAACAUUUCCUUUAAUUCGAGCAAUUAAACUUGCUCUGAAUUGAAAAAAAAAAUUAGUUCAAUUUAUAUUUAUAUAAUAACAAUUAUUAACAAUAGACUGUGAUUUAACUUCUAUUGCAGUUAUAACAAUCCGUAUGAAAAUUCAAUUUAUCAAUUUAUUAAAAUAGAAACAAUAUUUUCAAUUUUCUCCAAUUUUUUUCUUACGGUACAAAAAAUUAAUUUAUUGAUCUAGAACA